UUCAGGGAGCGGAGGGAAAACCGGGAGGAGCGUCACUGGCGAGGAGUCCGACAAAAGUACUAAAACCCCCAAAAGGUCACGACUGUGGACACCAUAUCCGAACGGACGGGUUCUGAGAUCCACAUUCCCGGGGGGGGGACCGGGAUUUUCCCGGAAUAUCCGCAGAAGGAGAAAAAACUUCAAACUGCCGUCGCGAGAGUCUGGAAAGUUUCUGCCGUAGUUUCCCUAAAAACAGACCCUGAGACCACGCCAACUCCUCUGAGACCAGAGGACAUCGUCUCCUCAGAGGACCCAGAGUCUCUGGUCUCCAUGGCCACCUGCUCAGCAUGAGGAGGAUUUAAAGAAGGCUGGUCCAGACCCGAGGAGGAGGAGGAGGAGCAUGGGGAAGGAGCAAGACCUGCUGCAGGCGGCAAAGACCGGAGACCUGCUGUCCACCCAGAAGCUGCUGUCCAAACUCAAAGCCAACAGGAACAAGCUGCUCGGUUCCACCAAGCGGCUGAACGUCAACUACCAAGACUCAGACGGGUUCUCGGCCCUGCACCAUGCCGCCCUCACAGGGACCACGGAGCUGCUCUCUGCUCUGCUGGAGGCCCACGCCUCUGUGGACGUGAAGGACAGCAACGGGAUGCGGCCCCUGCACUACGCUGCCUGGCAGGGGAAGGCGGAGUCGGUGCUCCUGCUGCUGCGCUCCGGCGCCGCGGUGAACGGCGUCUCUCUGGACGGACACAUCCCGCUGCACCUGGCCGCCCAGUACGGACACUACAGAGUGUCUGAGAUGUUGCUGCAGCAUCAGUCCAACCCGUGUCUGGUCAACAAGGCCAAGAAGACUCCUCUGGACCUGGCCUGCGAGUUCGGGAGAGUCCAGGUGGCCCAGCUGUUGCUAAGCAGCAACAUGGUGGUGGCGCUGCUGGAAGGAGAGAGAAAGGAGCCCACAGACUCGGCCUUCACGACGCCGCUCCACCUCGCCGCCCGCAACGGCCACAAGGACAUCAUUAGUCUGCUUCUGGCUGCUGGCAUCGACAUCAACAAGAACACCAAGUCAGGGACGGCGCUCCACGAGGCGUCUUUGUACGGGAAGACGGACGUGGUCCGCCUUCUGCUGGACGCCGGAGUGGACGUGAACAUCAGGAACACCUACAACCAGACGGCUCUGGACAUCGUGAACCAGUUCACCACGUCCCAUGCCAGCAGGGACAUCAAGCAGCUGCUGAGAGAUGCAACGGGGGUCCUGCAGGUCCGAGCUCUGAAGGACUACUGGAACCUCCACGACCCGACAGCCCUGAACAUCCGGGCCGGAGACGUGAUCAUGGUGAUGGAGCAGCACGUGGACGGACGCUGGAAGGGUCACAUCCACGACACCCAGAGGGGGAUGGACCGGGUGGGCUUCUUCCCACCCUCCAUCGUGGAGGUCAUCAGCAGGCGGAGCGGGGGCGCCCUCUCCCGGCACUCCUCCUUACCCACGCAUCGCCAGCAGCAUCCAUCCAGAGCCCCCCUCCCCUCGGGCCUAAGCUCCGCCCCUCAGACCGACGACUCCUACACCCUGUACGCCCCCCCCACUCACGGGGUGCUGCCGCUGGCCAACGGCCUGAAUGCCACAGGUUUGUGUCCGAGCAUCCUGUCUCAGUCCGGGUGUCCCUUUGAGGACAUCUGGGUCCUCAGAGACUUGUGUCCUGCGGGGGACCGGAACAGUGUCGGCAGCACUGGAAGCGUCGGCAGCACGCGGAGUGCCGGGAGCGGGAAGAGCACCGGGAGCAGCGCCCCCCCCAACGGGCUCCAGCACAACGCCAGUCACCACGACAACGCCGGACAGCCAGCCCCCCCUGCUGGACACCCUGACAAACAUCUGGAUCCUCCUGCAGGUGGAGCUCCUCGGAGGAACAAGGUGGCGGUGCAGAGCUUCUCUCAGUGUGUUCGCCCUCAGCAGCUUCUGGAGGGGAAGGAUGCAGAAGCCAUCUACCAGUGGCUCAGGGACUUCCAGCUGGAGCAGUACAUCGGGAACUUCCUCCAGGCCGGCUACGACGUGCCGACCAUCAGCCGGAUGACCCCCGAGGAUCUCACCGCCAUCGGAGUCACCAAACCAGGCCACCGCAAGAAGAUCUCCAUGGAGAUCAACAACCUGAGCAUCCCCGAGUGGCUGCCUGAGUACAUCCCGGCGGAUCUGGGCGAGUGGCUCAGCGCCAUCGGCCUCCAGCAGCACCACAAGAAGCUCUCAGAGAACGGCUACGACUCCAUCAGCAUCGUCAGGGACCUGACGUGGGAGGACCUGCAGGAGAUCGGCAUCAUCCAGCUUGGUCACCAGAAGAAGCUGAUGCUGGCGGUGAAGAAGCUGUGCGACGUCCAAAGGGCAACCCAGCAGGCGGAAGCGGGCCACGGCACGCUGCGGCGCAAGGCCCCCGGGGGCCUCCGGCUGGUCGCCAUCGAGCCGCCCGACCCGGCGGGCGAGGGCUCCCCCCCCCCCAGCCCGAGGACGCUGAGCUUCCAGGACAGCGAGCUGAGCGCUGAGCUGCAGACGGCCAUGUACGAGGAGGGCUCGGCCAUCAGGAGCCAGGAGAAUAUGGAGGCGCGGUCCAGAGGCGCCGGGCGCUCCCAGGACCCCCCCACGGCUUCCAUCAGCCCCCACAGCUGGUCCCAGGAGAGCCUGGAGGGCCGGAACCUCCCCGAGGGCUGGGACCAGAGACCUCUGGCCAAGCAGGUCCCUCUGGGCACGGCCACCGUGUUCAAGUACCCGACCAUCCCGGCCAAGCCCCAGCUGGGCCCCCCCCCCCACGGCCCCCCGGCGCUGAAGGGCUUCAGCUACCUGCACUCUCACUGCGGCUCCACGGACCUGAGGCCCGGGAACCGCAGCAUGACCCUGAUGCCCCCCAAGAGGCGCCCCCAGGGCACGGCGCGCUACGCCCUGUCGGACGGGGAGCCGGAGGAGGAGGAGGGGGAGGAGGGGGAGGAGCCUGAGCGCGGCUCCGGGAGCCUGGCGUCCUACGCCACCCUGACCCGCAAGCCGGGCCGCAGCCGGCUGGCCCGCCUGCAGGCGGAGAAGAGCGGCGGGGUGGGCCGCAGUCAGUCCUUCGCGGUACGCGCCCGGAAGAAGGGUCCGCCGCCCCCCCCACCCAAGAGGUUGAGCUCGGUGAGCAGCACCACCAGCGGCGAGCUGAGCGACAGCAGCACCACCUCGUCCUGCGGGGGGGGGCUGACGGGCAGCCCGGUGAGCGUGAGGAGCACCGCGGCCUCCCCGGAGGGCAAGAACCCGCCUGCAUCCAAACCGGUCCUCGCUCGGCAGGAGGAGCCCCCGCCGCCCCCCCUCCGUCCCCUGGGACCAGAGCCCGAGGACGCCGGCAGCGAGGGCCUUCCCACCCGGACCCCCAGCGCGGGGGGGUCGGACUCCGAGGAGGAGGAGCCGAGAGGCGGCCGACUGGAGGGCUCCUCGUCUCCCCAGAACAGCUCCAGCGAGUGCAUCCCCUUCGCCGAGGAGGGCAACCUGACCAUCAAACAGAGGCCCAAAGCCCCGGGGCCCCCCAGGGCCGAGUCGGUGCUGGAGACUCCGGAGAAUCAGGCCCCCAGGGACCCCGAGGUGCCCGAGUUCAACCUGAAGGAGUCGGACACAGUGAAGCGUCGCCACAAACCCAGAGACCAGGAGGCGGGCUGCCAGGACCAAGCUGGUCUGAAGAUCAGGGAGGACGACCCGGAGAGGCCGGACAGUCCGGGGUUCCCCACCAGACCCCCCCACUCCCCUAACCCCCCCCACUCCCCAAAGCCCCCCCACUCCACAAAGCCCCCCCACUCCCCUAAACCCGCUGUAGCCCCGAAACCCGUCCGCCACAGUCUGCUGACAGCAGCUGGCCUCUCUUCUACAUCGGUGACCGUCAGUGGGAUUCAGAGUGUGGCCUUCACCUCUCCCUCUUCCCCCGUUUAUGGAUCGCGGGGCCCAGCCCCCCCCUCCCCCCACAGUCCCUCCCCCCACAGUCCCUCUCUGGCGGCGGCGAGGCCUCAGGUGUGCGUGGUCGGCCCGGGUAGCGGCCCAGAGUCGUCCUGCGGGACCGAGGUGGUCCAGCAGAGACUGGAUCAGACCAGCACGUCCCUGGAAGCGGCUCUGAAGGCCGUCGAGAGGAAACUGGAGGACAACUCAGACAGUGGACGGAACACGGUGAAGUCCGCCGGGACGAUUCUGGACGACAUCGGCAACAUGUUCGACGACCUCGCCGACCAGCUGGACGCCAUGUUGGAGUGAGGAGGAGGACAGGUUCUGGACUGAAGUGGGCCGCCGGGUUCUUCUCUGGGCCCAAUGAGCUCAUAUUGUUCCAUGAAGUUUCCUCUUUUAUAGAGGAGCGUCCUUCAGUACACAUCUAUGUACUUGUACAUGUUCUACUGUAUACUUCUACUACAUCUCAGAGGUAGAUAUUGUAGUUUUAUUGAUUCAGAUUAUAAAUCCACCAUUAAAUGAUGAGGUAUUAUUGUAGAUUAUAUAAAGUCAUGAAAAUGAACAUUAAUAACAUGUAUAAUAUAUAUUAUUCUGCAUGAUGAGUACUUCUACUUUUUUAAUUCUGUAAAACUUUUGUGUUUUUAUUAAAGUGAAGAUUGUAAAUGCAGACUUUUUAAAUCCCCAACUUAUACAAAAUAAAAUAAGAUUUACAACAAUUAGGAAUCAAAACAAUCCUCCCCAUGAACGUUUAAAGCUUGGAUCAGAACUUCUCUCCUCUGACUGCCCACUGAAACCUUUUAUAACAUUCAAUGUUCUAUUUUUAUGUGUGUGUGUCCAAAGGGAAGCAUGGUGUACAAACUAUUUUUUAUAUCAUUCUAGCCAAAUUAGUAUUUAAAUAAGAGGCAUCUAAAUAUGUGUAUUGCAUAUUGCACACAAGAGGUAUUAUGCAGGAGGAGAUAUUCAACCAAAGUAUUUUACAAGUCAUUUCAAAAGUGUGUGUGUGUGUGUGUGUGUGUGUGUGUGUGUGUGUGUGUGUGUGUGUGUGUGUGUGUGUGUGUGUGUGAGUGUGUAUGUGUGUGUGUGUAUGUGUGUGUGUGUGUGAGUGUGUAUGUGUGUGUGUGUAUGUGUGUGUGUGUGUGAGUGUGUGUGUGUGUGUGUGUGUGUGUGUGUGAGUGUGUAUGUGUGUGUGUGUAUGUGUGUGUGUGUGUGUGUGAGUGUGUAUGUGUGUGUGUGUAUGUGUGUGUGUCGUCUGCAUUAUUUGUUUAACAAUUAAUAUCUACGAUGUUACAACUACUCAUGUUUUUGUUAUUGACCAAUAUUACAGUAUAAAUCUAAAUAUCAACACGAUAUUUAUAUUUAUACUGUAAUAUUGGUCAAAUAUCAAUGUGUUAACCCAUCAUCUUUGUAUAAAUAUUCAUGUUAAGGAAAGAUUUCCUCAUAUUUCUGUCGUUUUAAAGUCGUAUGUUCAUAAAGAUUUGUGUUGCCAAAAGAUAAUAAAUGUUAAAGAAACUGGUUUCAUAAACUGCA